AGGAAAAUGUUUCGGUAAACAAUCAAUUUAUUAUUCAAUAUUGUGUCAUUUUGAGAAUUCAUUUCCUUUAUUUAAUCUGUUAAAAUAGUAUAUAUAAUCAAAGCAUUAGUGUAUCUGUUUCCUCGUGUCAAAUCGUACGAUGGUGGAUACAAGAAGUAUUAAAUGGUGCUUAUUCGUAUUGGUUUUAGGCACGAAUAAUGGAACAUUGGAUUCUUCAGAGACGGACCAUUAUGUGUGUGAUUAUAAUUACUACUUUGAUAAAUACAAUGGAAGCUGCUUAGAGUGUCUUUUCGGAAGUUUUGGACAAAAUUGUACGGGAAAAUGCAAAUCAGGUUUCUAUGGUCGACUGUGCACGACUUCAUGCUCUUGUGAAGCCGAAAGAUGCAAUCGUGUAAAUGGAUGCCCAAAAGAGUUGACAACUAGUAUGCCAAAAACAAAAAGUGUGGGAUUAACCGUAACAUUGCAACAGACCUUAAUACAUACACCUGGGAUAAAUCAGGAGAUGGUAGAAGAAUCAUCAGGGACAUCUACACAGAGAGCAGAAUCUUUACAAAACAAAUUUACAAAACAUUUAUUAAUGAGUCUUUCUAACACCUUUACCGAAAACCAUGUCAUGAGAACAACUCAACAUAAAAGGAGAGAGAGAAGAUCAUCAAGAUCUGUGUCCCCAAAUAAAGCAACACCUCGUUACCAAGUGAUAUCCACACCAAAUCAAGAACAGUCAAGUUUUACCAACGAGGAGAACCAUUGGAUGUUGACUAGCAUACUUCUAAUCAUCUUGAUAUCAAUUGCUUUCAUUGGUGGAAUCUCAAUUUACUUACAUUCAUCUAACAAGUGCCCAAAUAAAGUUCUCCAUCCUUUUCAUUUACGACAUUCAGGUACUAGUAUAGAUCACACAACUGUCAACAUUCAACAUACCAACGAAAAUGUUCAGGACACAGACACUAUUGAUUCAGAAGGAUUAGGAGACUAUGAUGAAAUUCGUCAAUCGCAGUUUAAUCAAUGCAGUAGCACUACAAUUACAUCAAACCUUUCUGUGUAUAUACGAAAAACGAAUGAUGCUUCUGGUAAUGAACAUCUGCCUACACACAGCCUGUAUGAAAAGAUUUCUUUUCAUAUUGAUUAUCAUGUUUUACAAUUCAGAGAGAAACAAAACUUUGCCAGUCCUGAUUAUCUUUUCGGAGAAAGUAAAUUGUCCAGCGAUAAAGAUGAUGAGUAUGUAUGUCUAAGGUCGAGCAGAUCUUUAGAUUUACAAGCAACGACUGAAGACCUCAUACUCCAUAACGAUUCUCAUCUUUUGGAUAUAAGUAAAAAAAAAUCGGAGAAAACAGAAGAGCACUCAAAUAAGCUUCUCAGAUCUUUUUCGGAGGGACAAAUAGCAAAUUUGAAAAAUCUGCCAAAAUCGAUCGAAAACAACCUUAUUUCAACUGAGGAGGAUUUUCUCUUUAAAGAGUCUUUUAAAGAGGCAGAGCGACCCUAUAGUGUUAUACAUAAUAGAAAGUCGAAACAGGAAAAUCUAUGAGAAAAAUGUCACAGAAGAGAGCAAUGUGAAAAUUUACCAUAAAUAACAAUA